GCGAAACUGUGCCCGGGCUCCGCCUCCUCAGCGGGAGAUUCGCCGCCGGCGCGCCACUCGCUUGCAUCGCCCGCUCACUGACUACAUACUUUUUAUCAUUGCUUUUUUAAUAACUUUUUGAACACUUCUACAAAUAAAAUGAAGAAACUUCGGGCGAAGCAGAUAGACCUUUCUGGAAAGGAAGAAUUUAAAGACUUCAGAAAUGUAGCAUUGGUUCCCAUGGAAACGUCAUCAUCAGAUGAUAGCUGUGAUAGUUUUGCUUCAGACAAUUUUACGAACAGUAAAUCUAAAUUCAGAACAGAGAUCCUGACAGAUGAACUGGCUCGGAUUUUUAAUGAGGAUUCUGACGAUAAUGAAUCGUUCGAUGGGUUCCCUGAAAGUGACCUCAAAGAUGUAAUGGAAGCCAUGAGUGUUAAAUCUGAAUCGGAGGAGGAAAUGAGUGAUGAAGAUAUUGAAAAGAUUCCCAGAACACGAAGCAGACGCUCUUUUCCAUUGCGCGUGGCUUUCCGAUUUCCAUCUCGGAAAAACAAAAGCGUAUCUAUGCCAGUCUCCACUGUUGCCUUAAGCAACGACUCAGCUUCUGAAUCUGAUUCCGACCUUGAUGAACCCCGAGGACCAAACUUUCUGGAGAAGAGAGCUCUAAACAUCAAAGAAAACAAAGCUAUGCUGGCUAAACUGAUAGCAGAGUUGAAAACUGUGCCAGGGUUCAUUCCACGAAGACUUUCGGUUCAAGCGACUCCAUCAAAACCCAAACGCCAACCGAGAAAUUCUUUCAUUGAAGACGUUUCCAGACACAAUCCUGAGCGCAGCGCUCGACCUCGCACUCGGUCAAGAUCCUUGGUCGACGGUCCUCCUUCACCAUCAUUUGAGCAAGAAGAUAAUGUCAGCUUUAUGAGGAAAAGAAAGUUUCUAGAUAAUGACUUCUCUGAGGUGGAUGUCCCUCUUCGCAGAAGAAGCCGCCCCAGCAUACUUGCCAUCCCUCACGUGGUGCGACCAGUUGAAGACAUCACUCAAGAAGAGUUGGAAAAUAUUUCUUUCUCGGCUAAAGAGAAGGUUUAUAAUCGAGCUAUAGGUUCAACUUGCCACCAAUGCCGUCAGAAGACAAUUGAUACAAAAACAAAUUGUCGCAACCCAGAAUGUGUUGGUGUCCGGGGACAGUUUUGUGGCCCAUGUCUUCGUAAUCGCUAUGGGGAACUCGUUAGGAAUGCUUUAUUAGAUUCUAACUGGCAGUGCCCUCCUUGCAGAGGGAUCUGCAAUUGCAGUUUCUGCCGACAUCGUGAAGGACGUUGUGCUACAGGUGUUCUUGUUUACCUGGCCAAGUAUCAUGGCUACGACAAUGUCCACGCUUAUUUGAAGAGCCUGAAAAAAGAACUUCAAUUAGAAGACUGAAGCAAUUUAUUGACAAUGAAACGUUUUGAAUAGUUUUUUUUACCUUUGAUUCACAACAUUUAAUUUUUUGCUAACUGAUACGAGCUCUCACAAAUAACUACAGUUAUAGUGAAAUCCUUACAUUUUUGUCUUUUGCAACAUAAUCAAUGGUCAAAUGGAUCUGGAGUGAGGAUGUUAACAAUUUUGCAUGUAGUCUUAAAAAGUGUCCUUGCAGUUUAGUUUGAUCUACCAUUUUCUUACUAUGAACAUCCUAAUUAUUUGCACAAUGAUAUGCUGUUUGUUAUAGCAGGUAAAUCCUUCGUUCUACUCAAUAAUGUACUUAAAUAAAUCUUCUAAGCUACUCUGUUUUUAAAUAUCAUACUGCUCAGUUUGUAAGGUUCAAAUAAUCACUAUUUCAGUCAUAGACUAAUUGCAUCAUUCUCUUAAAUCACAACUGGCUGAAAUGUAACUAGGAUGACUAACGUUUUAAAAAUACAGCUGCAAUUUAGAAAAAAAAAAUCAAUUUUGAAAUAACAUUUGAAUGAACUAUUCAUGGCUUUAUCAAUUAUCAGUCUAGCAAUUGACCUUGACGGUAUUCACACGCUUAGUUUUGCAGUGGAUCAGUUAUUAAAUCAUAUGCAGGAGGUGGGGAGGGGUCAUAGCCACUUCACUGCACAGGGUGGAAGUGGCAAGUGAAAAACAAUUUUUUGCAAUUCUGCCUUCUGCCUCCCCCAUUAUGCUUGCAUUGUGUGUGAAGGAUUUACAUCACAAAAUGCACUCUAGUUGAAGCCAUACAAAAUUUGAGAUAAUUUGCAUCUAAAAGGUACUUGAAUGCCUGGGAAGGAGGGAGAAGUACUGGUCUUUUGCAUUUUAAUGCUAUGUUUUCCCACUUGCACCAUGGUAGAAAUCGUAUUACGUGGUCUAAUGCUGGCUAUUUGCACUCGAAAAGAUGAAUUUAAGCAGAAGCCAUACGUUGUUGGAUCAGUAAGCACUUGUUACCAGGAUGGUGCCUUUUUGCUUGUGAUGAAUACAGUGAAAUGGUCAAAAUAUAUUUUAAUAAAAAAUGUUUUAAAUUUCAUAUACU